UUAAAAUCGUUCUAGUUGUUGGCAUUAAAUCACAAGUUUAUUCGGGCCGGGGCGCUGUUGUUUCUGAUACCCUCACGUUGGCACACGUGUCAUCAUAGCCAAUUUUUCCGCGGUGAGCUCUUUUCGGUGUUAUUUUAUCAAUUUCCCCUCAGAGCUUCGUUGCUGCAGAACUCGUUGUGUUUUAGUUGUAGCAGGCUCUAGAAGUAGAACUAGGCUACGUCUACUGAAUGCAACGUGUUUCCCGUCAAACUUAACAUGGAGGGCGAGACGGCGUUUCCAAAGCUGGUAAUCAAGGAAGAGGAAUGUGGCUGUGCAGUUUCCUCGGAUUGCAAUGUUAUAAUGGACUUAAGUUUGCCAGCAUCAACAAUUGCUACAUCGAGAGAGUCGUUUCAGAUAAUAGAGGUACAAGUACUGAAAGAAGAGAUUCCAGAGUCGUCAAUCCAGUCAGAUUUGUACUUCAGAGAGGCAACACCCGAGGCUAACGCCAAGACAGAUUUGGGAGACGGCAGUAGUCCACGAAGGGGAGCUGUGCCCAGUGCAGAGCAGACCAAUUCCUCCUCAUCUGAAUACAUUGAAGCUGAACUGGAGCAGGAACAGGAUGGAGACUCUGGCGUGGCUCCAGUCCUGAGCUCCUCUGAGACGAGCCAUUCCCCUCCAGGUCUCGAGUCUCCGGUCCAGGAGGGAAGCAGAUCAGUGGGUCUGGUCGACUGCUGCACUAGCAAGCCAGGCCAAGAAGUAACGAAUGACAAGGAGAACAAGUGUGGAGAAGACCCUCAUUUGGUUUGUGGUGAGAACUUAAAUGCAGAGACACGCCUGCAAGUACACCAGCCCGUUCACACAAAAGAGAAGACGUACCCCUGCCUACAGUGUCGGAGAGGUUUUAGACGGGCAGCAAAUCUCCGACGACACCAGCUUACUCACACAGGAGAGAACCCAUAUGGUUGUCGACAGUGUGGGAAGAGUUUUUCAGGGGCAGCCGAUCUCACGGUGCACCAGCGCGUUCACACUGGAGAGAAACGCUACGAAUGUGGACAGUGCGGGAAACGUUUCACACAGGCAGGGACUCUCAAAGAGCACCGCAACGUCCACACGGGAGUGAGGCCGUUCCACUGCCAGCCAUGCGGGAAGAGUUUCACCUGGGCAGGAAACCUCAGGACACACAGACGCCGCGUUCACACAGGGGAGAAACCCUACCGCGGUCAACCGGGCGGUGAGCAAGGUGUUCCACAAGCAACAGAUGUCGGAGAGAAUCGACACAUUCAAGCGGGACACAAGCCCUUCGACUGCCGACAGUCUAGGUCAGAUUUUGCACAGGAAAAGGGUCUGGAAAUACACAGGAGCGUCCAGGCGUCCAACCAAUGGCAACAGCGUGAGAAAAGUGUUUCUGGGGCCGGAAGGCUUAGACUUCACGAAUACGUUCCCGAAGGAGAGAAGGCCUACUGCGUGGAAGGGGUGGCACAGCUUGGCUUCUUUCCAAUAUCUUAACUCCCGCCCUCCCUAUAGUGACUGUGGCCUUGUGAUGCCACUGGCGGCAAAAGUGUUGUUCUCUGUCGGGCAAAAGCACAAUUCAAAGGUAAUGUUCUCAUUUGCAAUCGGGGUGUUGAGUGGGGGAAAGUCCCCCAAAAUUGCUGUGGGCAAGGAGAGGCUGAGGGCGGGGGAAACUCAUUUGUUUUCUCCACAACGGCGGGGCGUCAGCAAAUCACGAGGCCACAAGCACAGAUGGAGGACAUGAGUUAGGAUAAUGGAGAGAUCCCAUUGUGCAUGCUUUACAUGUUACCUAUUCGUCAUGAAAAGGACAACACUCCUGGCCACUAUUUCUGAAACUCCUGGCCACUAGUUGAAGUCUGUAGAGUUGAGCGUGUUUACACAGUAAGUUUAUGUAUUUUGUUCAGCAUGUGUUCAUAAUGAAACCUGACUGUCUAAUAAUAAUAAUAAUAAUGAUACAUAUUUUUUUAUUGUUAUUACGACCAUUGUUAUUAACUGUCAUUGCUAUUAUUGUUGUAAUUACUUUUCGCUGUGAACAGUCACUUCCAAUGAUAAAAUGCAAAAGUUAAAAAAAAUGCAUUUAAAUGCAACUAAAUUGUUCAAAUAUAUAUUAGUUUGUAGAGCUGAGCACAUGAUGUAAAGUUUUUGUAUUCAUAAUGACUUGUCACUGUUGGGGAAUGUCUCAAUGUACUCAUUGUAAUUAUUAUUUUUGUUUAUGACAUACACACACACUCCACUCCACUGAAGGAUAUUUUGGACUUUUAUGAGCACUCAUUAACCCUUGAUCCUCUGACAUUCACUGUGAUGGCAACUUGACAUUGCCACAUUUCAAUUUCAAUAUGUAAUAUGGUACCUGUACUGUACCAUUACCACAUUAAAUUACUGUUGUAUUAUCA